AUGAUGUUCCUGCGCACUUCAUACUGCUCUACGCGCCUUUCGGACUGUUCUUCGCCACGGCUGGCCUACGUCGUGCAGACACGCAACCUGCAGCCUCUGGCGUCCUACCUCGGUCUGUACGUGUUCACCGUGGCGCUGUCGCUGUUCGUGCACGCGCUCAUCGUGCUUCCGUUCGUGGUGGCGGCCGCCACGAAGCGCACCUUCCGCGGACUGUUCUACAACGCGGCCACCCCGCUGGCGGUGGCGUUCGGUGCCGCCUCGAGCAGCGAGACCGUGCCGGCCACCAUCGCUGCGCUCGAGGAGCGCCUCAACCUCGACACCAAGAUCGUGCGGCUCCUGGUUCCCAUGGCGGCAGUCCUGAACACAGACGGCACCUCAAUCUACAUCACCAUCAGCGCCCUGUUCUUCGCCCAGACGAAGACUGACUACGUUGACCUCCGCACGGUCGUGCUUGUCUGCAUGGCGGUUCCCACGACCGGCGGUCCGAGUUACCUGAGGCUUCGUCUGAUCCACGAAGCGGUCGGGAUGCCGACGGAUGGCAUCGGGAUUCUCUUCGUCACAGACUGGAUUGCAAGCCGCCUGGCGACCGUGGUGGACGUGCUGACGGGUCUGGUUGGCGUCCAUGUGGUGCAGCACUAUUGCGGCUUGGAAGAACCGCCCACCACGGAAGACGCGAACAGGGAAUUCCCCCAUAGUAGUGCCCUCUCGCUGAGAGCGCACUGCCAGGAAUCGCUCACUGGCGUCUUGUCAGUGAUUAAUGUGACGUCCAUGAUAAGAGCUUGA